UUAAACCUUAUAAUUUGCUCUAGAAAGCCGUCCGUGUAUCGUAUUUUAUACGAUAUGUAAACUUUUAUCCAUUUUAACGGUCGUGACGAGAUGGCCUGGGAUUAUGUUGUUGCUGCUUAACCGUCAAGAAUUGACGAUGACGGCGCAUAACAUUAAGUGACACUGCCUGGAGUUGCGUCGUUUUUUAUUGACUUAAAAGUGAUCUGUGAAGCUGAAUGAGGACUUUCUUCUGCAGAAUGGGUGGCUUAUAUAUAAAAGUCCUUUUGCAUAAUCAGUGUACCUUAGUCUGUAAGCAGGUCCCACUCUUUUUUAGUCCUAGAGGGAUUCUGGUGCUGAGUCCAGACUGUGUCUGUGGUGAAAUCAUUUACUUGAUUUAACCAGGAGCAUAAAGUACAAGAGGAAGGGUAUAUAUUAGAAUAUUUUGAAUAUUGUCCAUCAUCUAGUAAGACUGAUGGAUGCAAUAUAAACACUGAUCCAACUGUGCACUCUUUGUGGAUGGAGCAAUGUCCGAAGACCUCAGCACCAAGAUGGUGAAGCUCCUGUCCCCCACGUUGAAGAAUGCUAAUGGAUCUGGAUCAGAUUCACUGCUGGACGAGCGUCUGAGCGGUGAAGUUCGACACCGCCCCCACACCAUGGAACGAGAGAAAGGAGAGCAUCGUUUCUUCCGUCGCAGCGUGAUCAGUGACUCCAAUGCCACUGCGCUUGAGCUGCCAAGCAAGGCCUGUAUCUUGGCCUCACCACCAGAACUCCAGUGUGGCUCUGCUCCACCCUCUGAACCUGCACUUGCUGGCAGGGAGACUACAGUUUCAGCUGAGCCUAACAAAGUGGUUACAGACUUAAAGGUGGAGUUGGCAGAGGGCAAAGGAGAGGCUGUAAGCAAUGAGGUGCCAUCUGUUGAGCAGAAAUCUGUGGUGCUGAAGAGCUCUGAUAAGGGGAUGAGACAGUCCAAAGAGCCUCAGAGUGAAGCGUCUGAACUGGAGUCCAUAAGUAGUGUGGAUUCAAAACGGGAAGAAGAGAAGGAGGAGGAUGAGGAGGGAAAGGAGAAGGCUCGGGCUGAGGCAGAGCAGAGAGAGGCAGAGAAGAAGGUACAGGAAGACAUCGAGGAGGUGGAGACCAAGGCUGUCGGUACGUCACCAGAUGGUCGCUUUUUGAAAUUUGACAUUGAGAUUGGACGUGGUUCCUUCAAGACCGUUUACAAAGGCCUGGAUACAGAGACUACUGUGGAAGUGGCCUGGUGUGAGUUACAAGACCGCAAGCUGUCUAAGUCCGAGCGUCAGCGCUUCAAAGAGGAGGCGGGCAUGCUGAAGGGUUUGCAGCACCCCAACAUAGUGCGGUUCUAUGACUCCUGGGAGUCCACAUGCAAGGGGCGCAAGUGUAUUGUGCUUGUGACAGAGCUCAUGACGUCAGGUACUCUGAAAACGUAUCUGAAGCGUUUUAAAGAGAUGAAAAUCAAAGUGCUGCGGAGUUGGUGUCGGCAGAUCCUGAAGGGGCUCCACUUUCUCCAUACGCGGUCACCUCCCAUAAUCCACCGGGACCUGAAAUGUGACAACAUCUUCAUCACAGGGCCCACCGGGUCUGUCAAGAUUGGGGAUCUGGGUCUGGCCACGCUUAAGAGGGCCUCCUUUGCCAAGAGUGUCAUAGGUACCCCUGAGUUCAUGGCGCCCGAGAUGUAUGAGGAGAAGUACGACGAGUCAGUGGAUGUGUAUGCCUUUGGGAUGUGCAUGCUGGAGAUGGCUACCUCAGAGUACCCUUACUCAGAGUGCCAGAACGCUGCACAGAUCUAUCGCAGAGUCACCAGCGGUGUAAAGCCUGGCAGUUUUGACAAGGUGGCCAUACCAGAGGUCAAAGAGAUCAUUGAAGGAUGCAUUCGUCAGAAUAAAGAUGAGAGGUAUUCGAUCAAGGACUUACUGAACCAUGCUUUUUUCCAAGAAGAGACUGGUGUGCGUGUGGAGCUGGCUGAGGAGGAUGAUGGGGAGUGUGUUGCUAUCAAGCUUUGGUUGCGCAUAGAGGAUGUGAAGAAGCUCAAAGGGAAAUAUAAGGACAAUGAAGCCAUUGAGUUUUCCUUUGACCUCCAGAAAGAUGUGCCAGAGGAUGUGGCACAGGAAAUGGUGGACUCCGGUUACGUCUCUGAGGGUGACCAUAAGACUAUGGCCAAGGCUAUUCGGGACCGUGUGGCACUUAUUCUCCGAAAGAGAGAGCAGAGGCAGCUGGUGCGGGAGGAGCAGGAGAAAAGAAAACUGGAGCUGGAACAAGGACAGCAGCUUCCAGCCGAACAGCCACUUCCUGCUGUCCCCACCCAGACUCAAUGGCCAGCCGAGCCCUCUGGGCCCACACUAGCACCUGUACUCCUGGAGUUAGAGGAGCCUGAGACAGAUACACUCUCAGCAGUAGGGGAGGCUCCAGGCUCCAUGGUGCUUUCUGAGUCUCACACUGGGCCGCCAUCGGUGUCAUAUGGUCCUCUGCCAGCUGGGCAGUCAUCAGUGUCAUUUGGUCCUGUGCCCCCUGCUCAGCUGUCUCAGCCAUCAGCUAUGCCCCAGAGUACACAGUCUGCCUCCAAAGGCCACGCACAAAGCACACACCAGACUCAGGCUGACAUUGCUCCCAUACCACAGUCUGGAACUGCACCUCAGCAGGUCUCUCUGCCCGCUUCUGUUCAGCCCACUGUACUGACGCACCACCAGCAGCAGCCACAAGAGGGCACCCAGAGCUCUGCACAAACCCAGCCACUGCCAGGAUCCCAAAUCUUACAGGGUCCUCUGACUGCGGUACAGCCAUUACCAACAGAGCAGACAUCAAAUCAGACAGCGCUCUUAUCAUCCACAGAAAAUGGUCAGUGUGAUACUGCGUCUGGUCUGAGUGAUGGGAAUGAAGGCAAACAUGAGGGCCGCUCUGUGAAACGGCACCAUCGCCGAUCCAUACGCAGUCACUCACGCCAUGACAAGAGCGCCAAGGCCAAACUCAUUGUGCUCAAUAUUUCCAGCAUGGGUGACAGGGUGGCAGAAUGUCAGCUGGAGACACACAACAGGAAAAUGGUGACGUUCAAGUUUGAUUUGGAUGGUGAUAACCCUGAGGAGAUUGCACAGAUCAUGGUGGGGAGUCAGUUCCUCCUGGAGACUGAGAGAGAGUCAUUCAUUGAGCAGGUGCGGGAGGUAAUUGAGAUGGCAGACGACAGCGGAGGCGUAAUUAAAGAUGGCUACUCUCAGGUCAUCAACGACCUACAGCACCAAAGACCAGAGAUGACAGCCCCUCUCCCUGGUGUGUCUCCGAGUCUGGCGGCACAGGUGGUGCACUCUGCCGGCCGGCGCUUUAUCGUUAGUCCUGUCCCAGAGGCACGACUUCGAGAGCCGUUUUUUGGACCUCCUUCAGCAAACACGUCAUUUGGUGAUGACCCUGUAACAGAUCUGACCAGCUCAUCUCAGUCCGUCUCUGCCUCAGUGAACAAUGGACAACAGGAACAGACCAACAUGGUUCCCAGCACAAACCAGCAGUCUCUUGUCUCUGGUGGGCCUGUGGCUGAGGGCACUUUGACUGUUGUCACUCAUGCUGGGUAUCAAUCCAAUGCACCAGGGACAGCUUCACAGAGCACCUCCACACCACUGCCUGCAGGCUCCACCUCACCCCCCCUCACUGUCCAACAGACAAGUGCAGGCAGGAUAUCCCCUACCUUGCUCCCUGCUGAGUCUGUCUCACAGCGCCGCCCUUCCAUUCCCACUGCUUCCCACCAGAUCUCCCAGACAGCCUCAGGGCAACACCCAGAGACCAGUGGCAUCUCUGCUGCUGUUCCCUCCAACAGUGACCAGCCCCCAGCCUCUGUCCCUGCCACCUCCGUCCCACUGUCCCUCCCCAGUGGUCAGCCAGCCCAUUCCUCCUCUGUCCCCAGUCACUCUACAGAGAGUGAGGGUGAAGCACAAAGUAAGUCUCCAGGAAUUGAGGACAUACACGCCCUAGAUAAAAAGCUGCGCUCCCUCUUUAAAGACCAGAGUUUGACCACCAACUCAGCCCAGCCUGACUCCUCCAGUGACACAGUGUCCACCUCCUCACCUCCCUCCACCAUCGGCACUCCUCCUCCUGGUAUGGUGUCCAGUGUCGGCCAGACGCCUUCCUCCAGUGUAUCUCUGAGUUCCAGUGGGCAUUUCAGCACAGGCUGUCUGUCCACUCACACACAGGCUGGAAGCCCUGUGAACCAUGGGCAGGCUGCUCAUGCAGAGCCGGGCAUGACACUGCCGUCAUCUGUGGCUGUCUCACCUCAGGAUACAUCAUCAGUGUCCUCGUCUGUCGCAGAUGACAAGUCGUUGCCGGCACCACUCGCUGAUAGAGGUUUCCGUCUGGGCCGAUUUCAGGUCUCUGUUGCAGCUGAUCAGACCUUGACCAGUGCUCCUGACCUUACAUCAGUGGGCUCCUCCUCCUCCCUCACCUCUUCCUCCUCCUCAUCAUCAUCGUUCUCCAGCCCUGAGAAUACAUUGCACAAGUCCCAGUCACUGCACAGAGAGAACACUGACCAUGACACGCCCAGUGUCCCUGCACCCACUGCUACUGGCUGUUUCCACGUGACUGCCAGCACUGACACCAAAGUAGAUCAUUUGCCAGUGAACCCAGCUGAUGUGGAUACCAUGGAAGGACGUUCCAGAGAUAAUCCAGCCUCAUCCACUGAGCUCAGGACUCACGCUCCCAGUCUCCCCAACUCCAGCAGCGACCACGACUCCGAGCAAGAGGACGAGGCCUUUACGAGGGAGAUUAACCAACUCAGGGAGAGACAUUUAAUGGAAAUCCAGGCCUUACAGACCAGACAGAGGGAGGAGAUUGAAGCUCUGUAUGCCAAGUUGGAUAAGGUGCCUCCCUCAGCCAUGCUUCCUCCAACAGUGACUAUGUCUGGAAACAGGCGGAAACCAGCGAAGGGCAAAGGGAACAAGUCUGGCCGCAGUAAGAGCAUCCAGAAUAGCCCUCAGCAGAGAGGGAAUGAACUGAGUGUGGAGAGUGAACAGGUCUCCCUAGGCCAGCCUUCCACAGCACAGGAGACAGGCUCCAGUGCAGCAGUACCCUGUCCCAAUGCCCACACACAGGGUAAUACUAACACAACAGAAACUGGACCAAGCCUAGGUCAGAACCAAGCCCUUGCCAGCGCUCUGCCACGGAAGGGCUACUUCACAGACGACCUGCACCAGCUGGUGGAUAACUGGGCUCGGGAUGCCAUGAACCUGGCCCAGGUUAAAAAGGGCAUCAAACAGAACACUCAAAACAAUGACAUGAUUCCUCGUAAGUUCUCAGCGCCGGGGCAACUGUGCUCCCUUGGCGGUUCCACGGCUGCUUCCUGCCUCCCCGCCAACAAUCGGAAGGGUUCUCUCUGCCUGGCCCCGCAGCAAUUCACUUACCCCUGUGGGCCGUAUGGUGUACCCCAGUGGACGGGACCCACUGGACCUGCCCAGGUGGUUCUUCUAGGGUCGCUGCAGCCAGCGGGAUCUGCUCCACUGCAGCCAGGUUUCCACAUUGGCAGUGGGGCUCACAAACCCGGCAGUGGAGUGAGCGGAAGCAAUUUAAGGACCACAGAGUCCAGUUGAGACAAGAGCGAGACUGUUCACGCACAUGACGAGUCAUAGUCGCACAACAGAGGGAAAUGCUAUGCAUAUGAGCAGUGCCCUUAAGGGUCUUUCACUGUCCUGUCUGGGGCCUUAAUCCAAAAACAAAUCCCGUUAGACUAACAGAUAUUGUAAGCCAUCUGUGUCUGAUGAUUCUAUUUACAGCAAUGCAUAGAACCCACUGGCUCUGCGUUUCACACCCUCUGAAACAUUCCCCUGUCUCUUAUAGUCAUUUAGCCAUGGCACACACAGUUGGCUAGGAAGCACUCUUAUGGAGAAGAGCUGGUGUCGGAUAGAAGGUGUAUGGACAUGGAGAUGGCUGGGUUUGCAGCAUGUUUAAACAUGAAUAUGGAGUGUUAAUACUAUUAUAGUUUGUCAGUACCUUAGAAAAGAAGGACCUAGGCAGGGAGGUAGCCACUUCAGAAACGUGGAAUAAACUCCCUGAAUUAUGAGCAGGAACUCUGGAGGCCACUGCACAUUUAAUUAUCCUCUUAGAACAGGUUAAUUAUGGCACGCAUUUUACGGCAUCUGUCAUAACUUUAAAAUAUGCUUUACAUGUUUUAUCAUUGCACAAAAAGGAUGACUGUAUGUAGGUAGGGUCAAGGUAAACCAAGGGUUUAAUAUAUGUCACACCCUCCCCUCUUUUUUCACCACCUCUUAAAUAUGCUUGUGAAGUGAAGAGUUCAUAUAUACAUGUGCUGUGUAUCUUAACAAAAAUCUUCCCACUAAAACACACUACACCCCAAAGUUUGGUAGACACAGUGACUGAAGUUAGGAUAACUGAUUUUCAGUUUAUACAUGUUUGUGGUUGUUGAUGGACUAGCAACUCACAGGCGAACUAAACAUCCCAAUGAGCUUGGUACAUUGGGAGUGCCUUUAAAUUAGUCCCUGGGCUGCUGUGGCAGUAAAUUAGCCUUUGGUAACCUUUGUGUACAGGGAAGUAUUUUUCUUCUAACUGACCUUUAAGGACCUGAAAAUGACCUUGACCUCAAACACCACCUUACUGAAGAACAGCAAAAAAAGUAUUAUUUCAACAUCUGAUCACUGCAAGCCAGUUUUCUCCCACCCCUCACUAACACCGGUCUCCUUGUGUCUAACAGAGGGUUAAGACAGUAUUACAAAACGGCUCCUGUUUUCUCUCCAAACCCACUGCAACCAAAGUGAAUUUUGAUAUAAUUCCAGAAACUGAGUGCCAUGCUCUAAGCUGAACUCCUUGAAUUCUCUAGAGAAGAAAAAGUUACUGCAAUGCAGAAUAUGCUCAAUUUUGAAGGUUAAACAUGUGGAGGAGGGUAAUGUUACUUUUGAUACUCUGGUGGACAGAUAAGUUGUUUUAAAUCCUUUUUGUCCUUUUGAUUUUCACGGAGCCACAUUCUCAAGUUAGUUUUAAUGUCACUUAAAGUAGUCACUAGCACUCCACACUGUUGUUUGUGUGGAAACUUUCUCACAAUUAUAUCAAUCAUAUCUCAAAACUGUUAUCUUAAUAAAGCGUUAAAUCCGUGGAAGAAAAGAUAUGGCUACUGAUGUAGUGUUUUUUGUUUCUCUUUUUUGUCCUUGAUCCUGUGGGUGUCCAUCAAUGCUUAAUGUGUUAACUUUGUACAAACUGUAUAUAAAAAGAUAAUAAAACAUGUUGGGAA